GGAUGAACGCUGUGAUUUUUAUGGAUGCGUUAUUCGUGGUUUCACCCACGCAGUGCUCGACAUCUCCGUUUCGUCAAGGCUCCGAUUUGUGGCUCUCGCAGAGGAAGGGAUUCAUGACGCCGUUGAAUUUAGUUGCGGGGACACUGAGUUGAGGCUGCAGUUGUAUUCUGAAGGGUUUCUGAAGGGAGUUUGAAGCAAGGGGGGUUUGAAGGAGGUUUUGCGAGGCGAGGCUGGACGUUGUUUGUGUGAGUUUCGGUAAGCGAUGGCGGGGCUGCUACUGCUGCGCCAAGCGGGGGCUUCAACCUUGUUGUGCGCUUCUUCCUCGUCUGAUUACGCCAAAGGGUCCUCCUCAGUGCCGUCUCUCUCUGCUUUGGGACGACAGAAUGGCGAUAGGCGAGCCGGGAGAUUGCAAGUCUCAGCCAGCUUGCAGAGCUUGGUGUCGGAUAUGAGCAAGAAAGCACCGAAGGGGCUUUUCCCUCCUGAACCCGAAACCUACAAAGGACCCAAGCUCAAAGUGGCCAUCAUUGGCGCUGGUCUCGCUGGCAUGUCCACUGCCGUGGAGCUUCUCGAGCAAGGACACGAGGUGGAUAUAUAUGAGUCGCGGAAGUUUAUAGGUGGGAAAGUGGGGUCUUUCAAAGACAAGAAUGGAAACCAUAUUGAGAUGGGGUUGCAUGUGUUCUUUGGGUGUUACAAUAAUCUCUUUCGUCUCCUGACCAAGGUUGGUGCAGACAACAAUUUACUGGUCAAGGAUCACAUUCAUACCUUCAUUAACAAGGGUGGCAACGUUGGAGAGUUGGACUUCAGAUUUCCAGUUGGAGCACCUCUGCACGGAUUGAAUGCAUUUAUCACCACAAAUCAGCUUGAGCCCGUAGACAAGGUUUUGAAUGCGGUAGCACUAGCAACAAGCCCAGUCGUACGAGCCUUUGUCGAUCCAGAGGGGGCUAUGCGCAACAUCCGGGACUUGGACAAGGUGAGCUUUACAGAUUGGUAUAUGUCUCAUGGUGGGUCUCGCAUGAGCAUCAAAAGGUUGUGGAACCCUGUUGCUUAUGCUCUGGGUUUCAUAGACUGUGAUAAUAUCAGUGCGCGGUGCAUGCUCACCAUUUUUCAAUUCUUUGCGACCAAAACCGAGGCAUCACUAUUGCGAAUGCUCAAUGGUUCUCCUGACAUGCGUCUCAAUGGGCCAAUCGCAAAGUACAUCACAGAAAAGGGCGGCAGGUUCCACUUACGAUGGGGCUGUCGUGAGGUUCUUUAUGAUCGCACAUCAGAGGGAGAGACAUAUGUGACUGGGCUUGUGAUGACAAAGGCAACUGAGCGUCAAAUUAUCAAGGCAGAUGCUUAUGUGGCAGCUUGUGACGUGCCAGGGAUACAGAGACUUCUACCGCAGCCUUGGCGUGAGUGGGAGUUUUUCGAUAACAUAUACAAGCUUGAAGGAGUGCCUGUUGUGACAGUGCAAUUACGAUUCAAUGGCUGGGUCACUGAAAUGCAAGAUUUGGAACUUUCUAGGCAGUUGCAGCGAGGUGCAGGAUUAGAUAAUCUUCUUUACUCAGCGGACGCAGAUUUCUCAUGUUUCGCUGAUCUCGCAUUGACAUCACCUGAAGAUUAUUACAAAGAGGGAGAAGGCUCUCUCAUCCAAGCGGUUUUAACUCCCGGAGAUCCAUACAUGAAAUUAACAAACGACAAGAUUGUCAAAGCCGUGCACGAACAGGUUCUUCGGCUCUUCCCCUCAGCUACUGGACUGGAGAUGACGUGGUCAUCUGUGGUUAAGAUCGGUCAGUCAUUAUACCGUGAAGCUCCCGGCAUGGACCCGUUCCGGCCUGAUCAAAAGACCCCGGUCUCCAACUUUUUCCUCUCAGGCUCCUACACCAAGCAGGACUAUAUUGACAGCAUGGAGGGAGCCACCCUUUCCGGACGGCAGACAUCUGCUCGAAUCAAUGAAGCAGGUUCUUUUCUCUACGAUCUGCGACAAAGACAAUCCCAAACAGAAGUCAAUGCUCCCCUCGAAGCCACGGACGAGCCGACGUUUGUGUUGGAUUUUAGAGGUUAGUGCAGUAUUGUCGCUGUUAUUAGCACAUUAUAAACUGUAAUUUUAAACCACUGUUUGUUUAGUGACGUGAUGAUGAAGGUUGUAAAAGCUCCUUGUACACUCGA